CCUCUGGUAACAUUGGUUGCGCUGCAUUCACAGAGAAAAACAAAACAAAUCUAAAAUCAAUAGCCGGGAUUGGAGUAUCCAUUGCACGAUGAGUAUCGACGACGUGAUCUACGUGAUCUGCCUGCUGGGCUGCAUAGGAGCCGGCAGUUAUGUGAAGAAGAUCGCGGACGAGGGUCAGCGAAAGCUGGUGUCCACUGCUCUGGGCGUGAUUGUUGUUGUGAUUGUGUCGGGGCUUCACAGCCUGCACUGCUUUGCUUCCUUGGCCUUGGGAACAUCCGCCGUGCUUCUGGUGCAUCCGAGCAAGGGCCAUCUGGUCACCUUUGCGGUCAUGUUCGGCUACUUAGUGUUCUUCCGCAUGUUUGACUUCUACCUCGGCAUUCCCGGCCACACCAACAUGAUACAAAUGAUACUGACGUUAAAGGUCUCGGGCAUUGCUUUUGAAAAGACAGCUGCCUGGAAACGGAUUCAGGCACGCGACGAGCAGAAAAAGAACGACCAGCGGGAUGUAAACCAGGAGAGUCUUGUAGAGGUUACCGACUACGAUGAGGAGCUGCAGACCCUGACUGCCGCAGAGAUCCUGCACUACAGCUUCAACUACAUCGGAGUUCUAACAGGUCCCUACUAUCGGUAUCGCACAUACAGAGACUACUUUGAGAUGCCCUUCAAAACCCAUGCUCCAAGUGUCGAAGCCACCCUGGAAAAGCUUAAGUAUGCCGUCUUCUACUGCGCUCUAUACCUGACCACCAACUAUAUCUGGCCACUAGAUUAUGCGUUGACUGAUGAGUUCUUCAACGACCGCUCCUUCGUCUACCGCUUGUUGUACGUGUGGCCCACGUUCUUUACAUUCCGUGCUCGCAUCUACACCGGACUGACCCUCAGCGAAUGUGUCUGCACAAUGGCCGGCUUUGGAGCCUAUCCGGAUGAGUCGGACCCCAAUAAUGGUGAGGGACCACGGAAACGGUACCAGCAUCUGAAACGAGAUGCGGAUAAGCACACUUACAACUUCACAACGAUUGUGAACACAAGAGUUCUGGAGGUGGAGAGGUGCUGGACCUUCCGCGAGGGCAUGAAGCACUGGAAUGUUUGUGUCCAGUAUUGGUUGGCUGUCAAUGUGUACAAACUCUUCCCCAGCAAGAAGUACAGGACUGGCGCCACUCUGCUGUGUUCUGCCUACUGGCACGGAUUCCGGCCGGGACACUACUUCUGCAUCAUGGGCGCUCCCUUUUACGUCUCCUUGGAGGACAUGUGGGAUAAGCUGAUUCGCAAGAACGCCACCGGCACUCGGCGCAGUGUAAUCGAUGUCCUUUUCUGGAUCUUCAAGUGGUUCGCCUUUAGUUAUUUGGGCGAAGCCUUCCUGCUCUCUUCGUUUGGCAAUAUUUGGCGGUUCUAUACCUCGGUCUAUCAUAUUGGUUACAUCAGCUGGGCGGUGAUGAUUGCGUUAGGAUUAUACUUGACCAGUCAGAAGAAGGCUGCCGAACGCAGAAAGAAUCGUGCAGCAGAAAAAGCUGCUGGCGGAGAUGGAAUCGCUGCUGCUGUAGAGAAGGAGAAGGCGCAGUAGUUAUACUACUAGUGAUCUACUUCAUAAUUGGUAGCUCGAUUCGUGGACAACUUCCUAAAAGUGUUCCAAUAGAUUUUCUAUCAAAGAAAUUGGAAAUUUUUUCAAAAAUAGUUCAAUUCUAUUGUAAAUCAUGAUGAUCAAACGAUAUUUUCCUCUGAGAGAUCAUAGUUCUCAGUAUAAAUCACCAAUUAAGUUAUGUACAAAAGUGGUCUUGUUAUGCCUUCUACGCUCUUCCAUCCAUACUUCUUCUGGGGAAGGUGAUGAUAUUGUUAUAAAUAAUAAAUAGAUUAGGCAUCUUAAAUGUUACUAAGAAAGAUAAUUAUAUAACUAUAACUAUAUAUUUUAACCGAAGCAAAUAGAAAUCGAGUCAAUAACUCCUGCUAUGAUCACUGAAUUGCAAAUUAAAAUGAAAAUAUUUAAAAGAAA